CGUCGUCUGAGAGUAGCAUCGUUUCCCAUCUCUUACCUAUAAAUAAAUAGUCCUGCGAAGCUCCUCUUCCCGAGAAAUUCUCUACAUUUUCUCCGCCCUGUGGGGCUCUCACUCUCAGUUUGCACUUGGCAGCACUCAGUAGGAUCAUUUCCAAAAUCAUCGUCACUUCAGUCUUCUGUCUUCUUCUCGAAAAACCCUGGAGUCUUUGAAAAAACCCCUCGUAAUUCUGUCAAUAAUGGCGCACGAAACCCUAGCUGAAACCCUACGAUCUUCUGUAAUUCUGGACGAUGGAGUCGGUGAUCUAUCUUCUUCACCUGAUGCCGUCUCUUCUGAUCCUUCGCUCUCCCGUAGCGUCUCUCUCAGUCGGCUUAAUGCCGAGGCUCCUGAAUUUGUUCCUCGGACCACGAAUCGGGUUGAUCUGCAGCAACAGCAGCAGAAGCCGCGGCUGGUGAUUCCUCAUGGACCUGGUCCGAUGCACGUCUUUCCUUCACCAAAUUCUCCAUUUCAUGUUCAGAUGCACAACCAUGUUGCGCUGCACAAUCAUGUUCAGUACCAGUACUAUGGUGGGUUUGGAGAACAGGAGAGUCUGCAAUCUCAUGCUCCGCCCGAUCCGGAUCCUGCCCCUGAUACGAGAAAUGGGCUGUCAGAGGAAGCUACCCAGAAGAUUUUGAACCAGGUUGAGUAUUAUUUCAGUGACGCAAACCUGGCUACUACUGACCAUCUGAUGAGGUUCAUCAACAAAGAUCCUGAAGGGUUUGUGCCUGUCUCAGUUGUUGCAUCUUUUAAGAAGAUCAAAGCCCUCAUCAGUAGCAAUCACCAACUUGCGAUGGUUCUCCGGACCUCAUCAAAGCUUGUUGUUAGUGAAGAUGGAAAGAAAGUUAGGCGUCUGCAUCCAAUGACUGAGUCAGACAUGGAAGACUUGCAGUCACGCAUUGUUAUUGCUGAAAACUUACCUGAGGGUCAUUCCUACCAAAAUCUGAUGAAGAUUUUCUCUGCUGUUGGGAGCGUGAAGACGAUCCGCACCUGUCAGCCUCAGACUGCUAAUGGUGGUUCUGCUGCUGCAUCAAGAGUGGCAAAACUGGAUAACAUGUUUUUCAGUAAUAAGGUGCAUGCAUUUGUGGAAUAUGAGACUCUGGAGCUAGCAGAAAAAGCUAUUGCUGAGCUAAAUGAUGAGAGGAACUGGAGAAGUGGUCUGAGAGUCCGACUAUUACUUAGACGGACGUCGAAAUCUGCUCAAACAAGAGGGAAGAAGGCUGCAUAUGAAGCAGAAGGGAAUGAUGAGGAAGAUGAAGAGUGUGCAUCUGAGCAGUCAAAUGAGAAGCAAUCUGAGGAUUCUUCUCAUGCAUCUGAUGCAGUAUUACAUGAGCACUUAGGUGAGGAGGUACUCAUUGACAAGGAGAAUGGGCCUAGGAGAUCCCGGGGACGUGGCCGUGGGAAGGGACGUGGCCGGGGUCAACCACACAAUAACCGUGGAAGUCAUGCUGGUACUCCCCCGUCAAAUAAUCUGAUCCACAAUGAGCACCAGACUUCGACCAAGCCACCUCCUGGGCCUCGCAUGCCAGAUGGUACAAGAGGAUUUGCUAUGGGUCGGGGGAAGCCAAUCACUGCCAACAGUGGUUGAGAAGUUAUUUUUUCACAGGUGACACAGUCUAAUGUGUGCAUACACUACUGAUUAUAUCACUAUAUGUGGUUGGGGUGUGGAGUUGGGGGAAUGUAUUUUGUGUAGUUCAUUGUGCGUAGUUUUGAUGGCAUGGUUUUAGAAGGGGCUGUCAAUGCAUUGUUGUUGGGUUAAA